AUGAAGGCUCUCCUCCUCCUCCUCUCCCUUGUGGCUCUCUCCACUGCAGCAGCUGUUGGAGAGGUGGCAGGUGUUGCAGAGGUUAAAGUUGUUCCAGAGGCUGAAGUUGUUCCAGAGGUUGAAGUUGUUCCAGAGGUUGAAGUUGUUCCAGAGGUUGAAGUUGUUCCAGAGCUGCAGGAGGAACAGCAGGUGGAUGACGAGGUGGAAGAUGAACUUCCUGUUCCUGAAGGUCGGUUUGGUCGGUUUAUUGAUUGUCCCAGUGGCUGGGUUGCAUAUCGUGGAAGCUGCUAUCUGUAUGUGAGCAGUUCUUAUUACUGGAGUUCAGCUCAGAAUUAUUGUGCCAAUCGACGAGCUUCUCUGGCUUCGGUCCAUGAUUUUUAUGAGUACGCCUUCCUUCAGUCGCUCACCAGGAGAAAUUCCAACACAGAAACCUGGCUAGGUGGAUUCUACUUUCAGGAGUGGAGGUGGAUAGACGGCAGCCCCCUCAGCUACCAGAACUGGUACUCUCAGAACAGCGGCAGAAGCUACCCGUGCAUGUUCCUUUAUCCUAAUCGUGAGUCCCAACACCUCCAUCUGUCACUGUGA